AUGUCCAAGGAAGGGGAAAUCCUUAAUUUGGCAAAACAGGAAUUGGAGGAGCUGGAAUCUGCUCUUGAGGUUAGGGAUCUUGAGGAGGAGGAGAUUUGGGCCUUAGCGGAAAACAAAAGGAUAAUCGAGGAGAUCGAGCUGGCCAAGGUUAAAGAUCUUAAGCAAAGGUCCCGUGUUUGUUGGGCUAAAGAGGGAGAUGAAAACUCGAAGUUCUUUCACACUAUGAUCAACUGUAGGAAGGCCAGUAAUGUGAUUCAUGGGAUAACAGUUGGAAAUGAGUGGGUUUCCAAACCGUCUUUAGUGAAAAAGGAGGUGUUUAAUUUUUUUCAGGGCCCCUGGGCCGGACGGUUUCAACUUUCGAUUUUUCAAAACGUUUUGGAGGUUGUUCGAGGAGGAUUUUUCCGCAUUAUGUCGGGUUUUUUUGACUCGGGUAGUAUUAGUGAAGGUUGUGGUUCUUCAUUCAUCACUCUUGUGCCGAAAGUGAGAGAUCCGCUGGGGCUUGGCGAUUAUCGCCCGAUUAGUUUAGUCGGGGUUAUUAAUAAGGUGGUGUCUAAAAUUCUCGCGAAUAGGCUUAAGAAGGUUCUCGGUUCAGGGAUUUCGGAUUCCCAAUCGGCUUUUUUGGGAGGUAGACUCAUCCUUGAUGGGCCGCUAGUCAUUAACGAAGUUCAUGCGUGGCUUAAAAGAAGUGGAAAAAAGGCGUUUUUGUUUAAAAUUGACUUUGAAAAAGCUUACGAUAUUAUCAAUUGGAAGUUCGUGGUGGAUAUGUUUAGUUAUAUGGGGUUUGGAGAAAGGUGGUGCAAGUGGAUUUGGGGUGUUUUGUCUUCUGCUCGAGCGUCAGUGUUAGUUAAUGGUGCCUCGACUUUUGAGUUUAAGUGGGAGAAAGGGAUGCGACAAGGGGACCCUUUAUCCCCGUUUUUGUUUGUGGCGGUUAUGGAAGGAUUAUCGAGUAUUCUGGAUAAAGCUAAGGAGGUUGGGGUAUUCUCGGGGGUUGCUCUUCCGGAUGAUGGGCCUUUGAUUUCUCAUUUGUUUUUUGCGGAUGACGCGUUGAUAGUCGGGGAAUGGAACUCCAAUGGCGCUUUGAACGUUGUCAGGCUUCUUAGGAGUUUCCAUGCCUGCUCGGGUUUAAAAAUUAACCUGGGUAAGUCCAAUCUGUAUGGUAUUGGAGUAGAUAAUGGGGAGGUGGGGAGGUUGGCCGAAGUGGUAGGGUGUAAACAGGAUUCGUUUCCGUUUAAGUACCUAGGUUUGAAGGUGGGGGCGAACAUGAACCGUGUUAAUAAUUGGAAGAUGGUGUACGAUAUUUUUGAGUCGAGAUUAGCUCUUUGGAAAUCGGCUCUGUUAUCGAUGGGAGGUAGAACUACGUUGAUCCGCUCUGUCCUUCAAAGUCUCCCGUGCUAUUUUUUCUCGUUAUAUAAAGCGCCGGUAAAAGUAGUUAAAGAUCUAGAAGGAAUGAUUAGAAAGUUCCUAUGGGGAGGGUCAAGUGUGGGAAAUAAAACCCACUGGGUCUCUUGGGAUAUCGUGGCGAGAUCCAAGGAUAAAGGGGGUCUAGGGCUUAAGAAGUUGUGUAAUAUCAAUAAGGCGAUGCUUUUUAAAUGGGCGUGGAGAUAUAAAACGGAAAAGGGCAGGCUUUGGGUCAAGGUCGUUGAUUCAUUACAUUCCAGAGGUUCGGGUUGGUCGUUUCUUCCGGUCAAUAAGUCUGUAGGUGGGGUGUGGUCUAAUAUAGUUGCUGUUGUUAAUAAGCCGCUGCGUGAUGGAUCGAGUAUCCGCAAUUUUUUUAGAGGCAGAAUUGGCAGAGGGGACGAAACUCUCUUUUGGCUGGACCCGUGGCUCCGGAACAUCCCGCUGAAAGAGUCUUUUCCUCAUUUGUUUGCUUUGGAGGUCGUUAAAACAUGUUCUGUCAACGAGAGGCUAGCUGGAAACUGGCUAUGGAGGCACGAUCCGGAUCAGGAAGACGAAGCAACAGAACUUGCGGAGUUAUGUGCUGCGGUUUCCUUAGUGGUCUUAACGGAGAGAAAGGAUGGUUGGGUGUGGAAGGGGGAUCAGUCGGGUGUGUUUUCGGUGAGCUCGGCUAGGAAAUUAUUGGAAAAUAUGGAAGGUUCGGGUUGUUGCUUCCAGCUUGAUUGGUGCAAGUGGGUCCCCAUCAAAUGCAAUGUGUUUGUGUGGCGAGCGGGGCUGGGUCGGAUUCCGACGGUGGACGAGCUUCAGAAAAGAGGAAUGGAUGUCGGAGAAGGAUUUUGUCCGCUUUGCAGAUCAGAGGAAGAAACGGCUUCUCAUUUGUUCACUUCGUGCUAUAUUGCGGCUGUCCUGUGGCAGAAAAUUAGUGGCUGGUGUCGCAUCCCGCCUAUUUAUGCGUUUUCCGUUAAAGAUUUGCUGGAAUUCCAUAAGUAUUGCUCGCUCGGAACUGAAGCUAAAGACGCCCUGCAUGGUAUCAUGUUUACUGCGUGUUGGUGCCUUUGGUUAAUGCGUAAUAAGGCGAUCUUCUCGGCCGCCGUCGUAAAGGUUGAUAGUAUUUUUAGCGAGGUUAAGUCUUUGGGGUAUCUGUGGUAUAAGAAUAGAGCAAAAGUUUGUAGUUUGGAGUUUGUUCCCGGUCCGAUUUUCGGGCUUGGGUGUGUUUUCUAA